AACAUUAAUGCCCACAGCUAAAAUAGUUCCUCUUUUUGUUUUUGUAUAUGUAUAUAUAUUCUUUUUUCUUUUUCUUUUUGUAAUUGUUUUUGGGGUUAAACAUAGAAUCAGAUGGACAGCAAGAGUGAGAGCACACGGGUGGUGAAGGGAGUGAGAGUGUUAUUGUGAGAAGGGGUGGAGUGAUAGUGCGGGAGAGGAAUUUUGCCAGAGCAGGCAGCUCUGUUUCUCUCCAAAUUUAUGCUGAUCCAUUGCAGCUAUUAUUACAUGCGUAGGAUGUAGGAUGCGUAGAUUUCAUUGUUUUGAGUUUUUGGGACAGUUAUUUUUGAGCAAAAUCUUUUGAGCAUAAACUUUGAAUGUUUCAGCACUGCUCACUUUAUUAAAUGACACAUUAUUCUCUGUUUUACCUUCACUGAUUCUGGGAAAGAUUUUGUGAGACCACUGGGAUUAUAACAUGAGUUGAGUUGGAUUUAACAACAAGUUAUGAAAUGGACCACAAAAUGGAUUAUUGAACAAAAUAUCAGAAUGGUAAGAUGACCUCUGAAAAAAUGAUUUAAUUAUACUGAUCAGUUAAAAUGACAUGAAGUGCUGUUUAAAGUGUAUUUGCAUUGUACUCAUUAGUUAAAAGAAGAAAGAAUACCUCAGGAAGUGGUUUCAAAUAAGAAUCACAGAGUGAGUCAAAGACUUUAGGGGGAGGGGGGCCUUACUUAAUGGCCUGAAUGCUGGAUGAGCAGUAGUUGGCUUCAUUUACAGAGCUUUCUUUACCUUUGAUUAAAAAAAACCUUUUGAUUUUGAUGAUAUGUUUAAAUGAAGGACCACAUUGUUACUGGUGCCUCAUAAUUUUCAUACUUAGUUGUUUGGCAUAGACAGACAGAGGUAGUGUUCAGGCUACAUAACGGAAGUGAAUGACAUAUAGUGCCAUAGAGAUCACUGCUCUCCUAGAUACAUGCUAUAUCUUCAACAGAGGUAGGAACAGGGCCUGGCCUUUGCUCCACGUGCACCUCUUUGUGUAAGAACAUUGGAGAAACAAACAGAGAGAAGGGUUCCACUUCACAUCCUUAAUGGCAGUGGCUGGAAGUUCAGUGGGAUUAGGUCAAUACCUUGAGCCUGACCUGUCCAGCUCCACAUCCCAGCCCCCUACCAAUGCUGACUGUAAACUCCUUGACAAGGUGCUUAAAAGGCUGGACAAACUGCACCGACUCUGUACUGACCCACGGCUAGGUCUGAAGAACAGCCCCCCAUACCUACCUGAACUGGUGUUGGAGACUGGAAACCUCCUGACGGAUGUGUGGGCUCCCUAUAGGGGCUUAGCCAUAGCCACUACACGAGGAGAUGAGGGGGACUACCUGAGGAUCCAUGUCCGACACCUGCUGGACAAGACAGACAGGGCCAUCCUGCUCUUCAAGGAGGGCAGGGAGAAGAUAUUUGAGGAAAUGUCCAGCUACAGGAGAAACUUGACCAAGCUUUCUCUGCUGUUCAGCCACAUGUUGUGGGAGUUACGAGCCUUGUUUCCAGGUGGUCAAUUUCAGGGUGACACCUACAAGCUAACCAAGACAGAGGCAAAGGAGUUCUGGAGAAGUGCAUUUGGAACCAAGUGUAUAGUUCAGUGGAGCUAUUUUAAGCAGCAGUUAAGAAGGGUACAUGGUUUUGAAGAGGGAAUGGAGGCCAUGGCCCUGAAGUCAACAGUUGAUCUCACUUGUAACGACCAUAUUUCUAUCUUUGAGUUUGAUAUCUUCACCAGACUCUUUCAGCCCUGGCUGACACUGCUGAGAAACUGGAAUCACUUAGCAGUUACUCACCCAGGGUACAUGGCCUUCCUCACCUACGACCAAGUUAGAGCCAGACUGGCACAUCACAGACACCGCCCUGGCAGCUACAUCUUCCGCCUCAGUUGUACACGAAUGGGCCAGUGGGCAAUCGGUCAUGUGACCACAGAUGGCAACAUCGUCCAGACAAUUCCAGAGAAUACUCCUCUCUACCAGGCUCUUAUACUGGGAUUUCGAGAGGGCUGCUAUUUGUACCCAGAUGGCCGUGAUUUGAACCCUGACCUCACAAGUUUGUGCAUGCCAACACAGAAGGGUCGAGUUAAGGUCACAGAGGAGCAAUAUGAGUUAUAUUGUGAAAUUGGCAGCACAUUUCAGCUGUGUAAGAUCUGUACAGAGAGAGACAAGGACACACGAAUCCAACCCUGUGGUCAUCUGCUUUGCCGCCCCUGCCUGACUGGCUGGCAGAAAUCAGAUGCACACACCUGCCCCUACUGCCGCUGUGACAUCAGAGGGACAGAGUCCAUCCUCAUCGAGCCAUAUCUGCCCACAACAGGCAGAAUAGCUGAAAGAAGAGAUGAUGAUGAUGAUGAUGAUGAUGAGGAAGAUGAUGAGGAAGAUGACCAUGAAGAUGUUCAAAUAGUCAUGAAAAAACUGGCUGCCAUGAAAAGGGCAUCGCAGGAGGAGUGCCAGGUCCCUACUUCCAGCUUAAUGCCUCCUCCCCUCCCCCCAAAGCACAGCUCCUGUACUUCCUCUUCCUGCUCUUCCCCCAUACCACCUGGCAGGCCUUCCUUAAUGGACAUGUUGGCUAAGGGACACAGCAGUUCAUGAGGAGCAGAGUGAUCGAUCACUCUCACAGUUAGGCAGAAGCUGUGGAGUACCAUGGGCAGGGCCGGUCAAGUCAGUAAAAAAGAGAAAAGGCAAAUAAAGGGAACAGGGAGAGGAAAGGAGUUUGGUCGAUACAGGUCUAUCAACUGGAAGACACAGUCAAAAGAUCUCAGGAAGACAUGUCUCAUCCUAACAGUGCUGCAUUUGCAGGAUUUACAGAUCACCAGGGUUUCACCAUGAAAACCAACAUAAUGCAAGAUUAAAUUGUGUUUGCAUCAGUCAAAUAGUCCAAAACAGAUUUCUUUAUCCAUAGCAUAAUUUAUGGCACCAUCAAUCCAUAAUGAAACCACAUAUUCUUAAUUGUCUCAACUGUCUUAAAGUGUAAAUUUUGCCUCACUUUUACUACAUAAAUGACUGUACAUAUACUGAAGUACAGUAAGUUGAAAUUUAGGUGUAGACUAAAGGAUUGUAGUUCUGUUAACAACUGUUAAUGCUGAACAUAACAGUGGGGCAAAGAUUACAUGUUUAUAAAUUAAAAGUAUUAUUACAAAGCAUCUUAGACAGAAAUGCAGCCAGUGAUCAUAUGAAAAAAAUAUCUGUAGGACAGCUGUAGCUAAUUAAUAUUCAUGUCAUUGUCUCAAACAAUGUAUUUACAAUUCUUAUCUGUUUGCCUGAAUAAGAAAUACCUAAUAUGGGGCAACCAAAGUAGCUUACUGAUAACAGUUAGCAGUUUAUUUUAGAAAUGAAAAUAAACUGCACAUUAACUCAAA